AUGAGCAGGGAACCACUUGAAGUGGGCCAGCAUCCCUCGGAGGAUUACGUUGAUGUCGACUGGGCGGCUCUUGUCGCACUUCCUUUUGAUGAGUGGGAGCAUGCACAGCACACUCCUGCGCUCACUGCGUGCGUUCAGAAAUUGUGCAAAAUGAAGUGGAGUUUAGAUGAUGAACAUUUUUCACAGCCACAUUAUACAACUGCUAUUAUGCGUUUGCUGCGUCUAAUUUCCGUGCACUUUCAGCUCAAUUUAGAACGUCUUCAGCGGGAAAAGGAGGAUCUCGAGACCUCCGCGUCUGCUGCCCGAAAUGCCGAGGAUGCUGUUCGGGCUCAUGUAGAGCUACUGCGGAGCGAAAAUAAUGAACUUCGGGCAUUAAUGGAGAAGAAGGGGUUUAACGAGGGUGAGGCAAAGGAAGCGGUUUCCUCCCUCCAUCAAGAUUCCGGGACAGAAAAGAGACACAGCAGAGAGAAAUUGGCCAAGUCUGCACGAGAAUUAGACAGUUUGCGACAAGAAAACAAUGAACUUUGUCAUGUGAUUAAACGCUUGAAUGCAGAAAAGCGACAUAUCGUGAGUGAAGAUAAAAAGUUUCGCCUCGAAUAUGAGCAUCUUGUCGCAAAGCACAAACGUCUUAUAGAGAAUGCUAAAAAGACGGAUGAGAUGUUGCGGGAAUUGCAGCGUUCAGAAGAGGUGAGGGGGCGAGAUGAGGAAGGUGAACUGCAUCGACUGCGUCAUCGUGUGCGGACCCUUCAGCAGGAAAAUUAUAAUCUGCUCCAGUCACGUGACCGUGCAGAGGAGCUUUGCGAAAGGCGGGAGGCAGAGGCACUACGAGACAUGACCGAGCUGCAGCAGCUUCACCAGGAUAUCGUUGAGGAGGAAAAGCAACAUUCCCAGGAGCUCGCGAUGGAGUUGGAAAAAGUCCAGAAGGAGAGCCAAAAACGCAUGGAGGAGAGCGUUCAGGGGCUUCAACAAUCGUUAAAAAAGUUGGAGGAAGAAAAUUCUACGCUGCGGAAACGGUUAGAACGGCGCUUUGUUGCGGGGCAUCGCUCAGAGCGUGACACCACGGAAGACAGUGCGACCGUGGUGCAAAAUUUAUUAUCUGGCAGUACAAGCGUAUUAUCCGUUUUACCAAAUGUCUCUCCUUAUUCUAAACUUGAGCCGGGCAACCGCACCCGACAAAAACUGUUCGCGGACCGACAGCAACUUCAACAGGAGAAUGAUCGACUGGCAGCAGAGUUGCAGCAGAUGGAAAUUCGAGCCGAGGCACGAGACGCCGAAGUUAUUAAAAUUCAGCACCUUUUGAGUGAGUACGAGCGCGGUAAUGAAGGGCUUCGCCGCCUACGCGGUGAGUUGGCCGACGCUAACCGAUCCAUAGAACUUUUUCAAGAUGAAAAUGCGCAGCUGCGCGAGAGACUUAACGCGAUGGAGGAUUCCUUAACCUUUUCGGCAGCGCUGCAGGAGUUGUGCAUCCGCAUCGGUGUUACACAAGAGGAAAUUGAUCGUCUUCGUCCCAAGAAUACACCACUCUUUAGUGAGGUGGAGACGCUGCGCGAGGAGGUUGCCACCUUAAAGGAUGAGGUGGAGUGGCUGGAAAAGGAGCGGCGACACUGGAUGGACAAGGUUCGUUUGCAGCCGCUGCUUGACACAAAGCUUCGGCUCGAGUUGGGCCUUUCGCCGGAGCAGCUGAAGCAGCUGGACCACAUGGUGGAUCAGAUGAGGUCGGGCAGACUUGUUGUCGAAGAGGAUGGGGAUGAUAAUUACAAGGAGAAGUACUUUCACGAGCUGCAGCUUCGGCGAAAGGAGAUGGAGCAUUUCAACGACUUUGUUCGACACCGAAUUGAGGAAGCUCUGCGAGAAGCGCUUGGGAAGACUGAUUUAAACUCGGCUCCUGACGCCGCUUCAGCGUUGCAUACUCUGCGGGAGCGUUUUGACUUCAUCGCCGCCCGUCCACUAAUGGACUCGGCACAAGAGCCGCCACUGGACGCCGCACAGCUGCGUAUGCAGCUUCGCAGCGCAGCCCAACUUCUGGAGCAGUCGGAGCUGACCAUCAAGGACAAUGCUGCCUGCCAAGCGGUGUUGCGUGAGCAAUUGGCAGCUGUGACCGCAGAGCGGGAUAUGCUGAUAGACGAACGCGAUCGAUACCGUACCGCGGUGUUUGAGGCACUCGGCGUCACACCGUCCGCUGUGCCCACCGUUGAACGGCGUGAAGCAAAUGCGGAAACUUUAGCGACACCCUCGGAAGCCGCACCUGUUUCGGGGGUAGCCAGUGAAGCACCCCCGUCACCGGUAUUGCCGGAAAUGCAAAAGAAUAAUGUGCAUGCCGCGCGAGCUGUUCCUCUUGGCGCCAUCUCCCGCACCUUCGAGGAGCAACUGCGGGUGAAGGAUGGGCUUAUCGCUUCCCUUAAGGCCGCCAUCGAGGCGGCACGGAAGGAGGCGGCGGAGCACCAGGCGGCGGAGGUGAAAGCCACGGAGCGGCUUUCAGAGGUGUCUGCGGCGCGGGAGGAUCUCCGGAAUCAGGUCGCUGCCAUCCAACAAAUGAACGAGGAGCUUAGCGGGAAAUUGGAGGAAAAAACGAGGCUGCUCGAGGAUCUCCAGCAAACGGUGCAGCACCUCGAGUCUGACAACACCCGGCAACUCCUUCAGAAGAUAGUUCUGCUACGACAACGUGAAGGCAAGUUAUUAGAGCGUUUGCGUCGUGUGCGAGAAACACAAGAAGAGGCGGUGCGGUCGGAGCAGACGCUGCGAGAGUAUGUCAAUACCACCUUCAAAUCGCUAAAGGAGGCGUUGGAGGAUACUUCCACUGGCUUCGUUCUCCCACGUUCUUCCGGCGGGGUGUGCGUGGAGAAUGACCUCCUUGACGACGUCCGGCAGCGUCUUGACGGGGCACUACGAGGAAAACUCUUUAAGGAGGACUCUGCAUACCUUCUGCAGCUUCGCCAGGUCUAUCGCAGCGUGGAGCACGCCGAAGAGGAGAACGCCCUCAGAGUCGACGAGAAGCGUCGACGAAAGCAGGUGGAAGAGAUGGAACAGGAGAUCAGUGAAUUGCGCACCGAGUUGGAGGGGCUCCGGAAGGUGCGGGAAGCGGCUCCAGGGACGCAGGGCGGUGACGCCUCCCAGGCCGCAAGGUGGGAAACGGAGGCCACCACGUGGCGUCAAAAGUGUAGCCUCUACAUGAAGCGUUGCGAGGACAGGGAGCGAGAGGUGUCCACACUCGAGGCUGAAAUUGCUGAGACCCGGGAGGAGUUGGCGUUGCUGCAGGAGCACCUGCACAACAGCGGCGGCGGCAGUCGAGGCGAUGCGAUGGCUUGUGUCACACGGUCAGUAGGAGCUCUCCCCCAGGAGCGUCAGCAGCAGCAGCAACAGCCGACACAGGAAGAACAUGUGGAAGGGCCAUCACCACCACCACCAUCAUCAUCAUCAUCAUCAUCAUCACCGCCACAAAAGCAGCAAUUGCAACUCCAGCAGCAACCUGAAAUGAAACAAGUCGUCCACGGCAUCACUGCGGAUGGCAAGCUGCGGCAGCUAGAGCGUGAUGUUGCUCGUUUGAAGUCUAUCAAUUUAGGGCUCCUGCAUCACUCUCUCGAUUUACAAGGGGAGUGCAAGCGUCUUGAGAUUCAGCUUGAGUCCACAAAGCAGGAGCUCUCGCUGGUGCGAGACGCGGGAGACUCACGAAAGGUGAGCGACUUUGUCUCAGCUGCUAUUCAACAGCACGCAGCGUUACGCCGGCAGAGUGAAUUGGCGUUGCUUCGGGCAAAACGGUCUCGAAUGCAACUUUCCGCCACAGAGGCCAAUCUGCGUGUAGCCGUAAAUGAGGCUACCGCGUACAGGCUUAGUGCUUUCCGCCUCUACCGGACCUAUGUUUCACAGAUGGUCGCAGUCUUGGACUACGUUCGUGGCCGGCAACGAGACACUAAAGGGGCAAUGUCCCCGCAUCGUGUGGCGAUGAUGCACCAACGUUUCAUUAACGCCAUGACGGACCUUGAGCGAAGCCAGAGCCAGCAGCAGGAGAUGGCGGCAAGGCUCGCUGAGAGUGGCGGAAUGGUGACGCUUCUUCAGCAGCAAUUAGACCUUCUCAACACCAAGGACGCCGAGGAGCGCGAAGACGCACUUCAUGCCAAACUGCUCUCGUCACUUGCUGCAGUUCGCGAGAAAGACAUGCAGCUUGUAGAGCUGCAGGAGGACUAUCAGUACGCGCAGCAAAAGUUGAAAAGGGCGGAGUCGCACAUACGGCAGUUGAACGAGGAAUUGACCCGGCUGGAGUUGCGGGCGACUGGUGGUGUCUCGCUUAACGAAGACAUCUUGCAGCGGCUCUUGCAGUUGAAGGAAACGGUCUUUGCGAAGGUGGAGUCGCCGGCACUCGUUGUGCAAUCGGGUGGCCUGCAAGACGUUGCUGACAGGGGCACCGACGCCGCCAUUCGAGAGUAUAAAACGGCUCUUGACAAGCAGGCUGAAUUGGCGCGGGAAUGUAGUUCGCUUAAAAAGCGACUUGACGGCGAAACCGCGGAGGCCCAGCGGGCCCGUGCUGAGGCGGAGUCCCUGAAGGAGGAACUGAAUCGCCUGCAGGAACGUCUGCAGUACACGCAGCGGCAGUUGGAGGAGGAGCGCCAAAAGGCUGAGGAGCGCGAGCGGCGAAUUAUACGCUCACACGAGGCACAAGCCGAGGUAACGCGACGCGCCGCAGAGCACAACAGCCAUUGCCUUCAGGACAUGCUGCAGAAUAAGGAGGCAUGCAUCAAACAACUCCAGGACCAGCUUCAGGUGGAGCGAAGAAAGUAUCUUGAGUACCAGCUUGAGGAAUCCUCACGCAUGGAGCGCCUACACGACCACCUCUUUAGGGAGAAUAAUGCCAUGAUGGAACGCUUCCGCGAGGCAAUUGACGGUGUCACGGAUAACUCCGCGUACGACCCAGCGGCACAAGGGGCGUCUGUGAGUGACGCGUCUCCUGAUGGCCUUGCGGCACAACUUGCCCUGCUCACGAAAGAGACACUGCGUCUAAAGGCGGAAUUAAAGGACGCGCGCAUGACAAAUGUUAUGCUUGAGGCUCAGCUAAACGAUCAGGUUGCAAAGGCGCAGAAUCAACUGCUGCAGCAAGAGUCCACUCAUGGCGGCAAGCAGGUGGCACAACGAGAGCUCCCGGGCGAGGCUUCAGUGGUUGGUGUCAUUGCUGACCAGAAUGCCAUUAUAGAGAGUUUGCGACAGCGAGAGUUUACUCUCACCUCUGAGCUGCAGCGGUAUAGAAAUGAGCGUGACCUGAUGGAGCGACAGCUGCACGAGGCCCGCCAGCUUGUAGUGGAACAGGGUGGGGCACUGAAGAGCGUCACCGCGGUGGGCGUGACGGAUCCGUCGGUGGAGCAAGAAUUACGGGUGCAGCUGGCCUUUGUGGAGAGCCAGCUCUCAGAGACGCGGGCGCAGCUGGAGGAAGAGCGGCAAAGUGCGCGCCGACUGCAGGCGGACACCAGCCAAUGGCGAUCCCAUCUCGAUGCCCUGCGUGAGGAAGUUGUACAGCAGCAGGCUGACGUUGAGCGCGCUCGGCACCUUGUCGCUAUGAACGAAGGCCUUAACGCCGACGUGCGGCGGAUGGAGGAGCAGAACGAGAAGCUCAUCCUUGCAACCAAAAUGUUGAAGGAGAAGUUGAUUGAGCAGGCACAACGGCACGGGGAUGAUUCCCGCAGACAACAGCACGAAAUUGCGUUGGCGCAGCGGAUGGGGUCGAUUCAGUUGGAAUCCACGGAGCAGCUGAGGGCCGUGAAUGAGCGGCUGCACACGAUUCAGCGGGAGCUUGAGGGGAAGGUCCUCCGGGAGGAGGAGGCCCUCAGAAAGCACGAGGAGGCACAGCGGGUGGCCUACGACCUGCACCGACAGCUGCAGGAGCGGGAGCGAGAGAUAUUGCGUCUCAAGCGCGAGUUGGCUGCUCGUCCUGCGUCGUCGUCGACUGGAGUGCGAGGCGGCGGCGCAGAGGGAACGCAAGAACUGCAGACUGCGCAAGAGGGGAGGCGGGUCCUUCCCGGGAAGGCGGUUGGGUCAAGGACUUCUCCGCAGCUCGAAGGAGCAGGGAAGCGAGACGACGACAAACCGCAAAGUCGGCCGGCGCAACGUUCCCCCUCCGCACCCACGCGUGGGUUGCUUGUGGACGUUGACGCGAAUGUUCUCGCCAGGCCACAGAUAGCAGCAAUGCUGCGGCGAGAGAUUGACAAGGCGCAGCGCGACAACAUGCAUGACAUAUCGUCGUUACGGGCAGAUGUGCGCCGUCUAGAAAGCGAUUUGGAAGAGGCUCGUCAACAGCUGCGUGGCGAGCGUGACACGAGCCGCUCCCUGCGUGUUAUGGUUCAAAAUGCCCGGCGAGAACUUGAGGAAAAGGAGCUUGCCAUGGCACGGGAGUCCGUGGGUCAGCAGAGACGCGCCAAGGAGCGUCAGGAGGUUGAAAGCAAAUCCGGAACGGGUUCAAGUAAACCCCCUGCCACGGAUUCUGCGGUGGUCGUUGCCCCAAUGCCAGCUACAGCUGCUGCAAGUGAGCAGGGUGAGCUUCGGCGUCAGCGGGAAGAGAACGAACAGCUCAGACGUCAGGUUGAGCGGCUAAAGAAGCGCGUGGUGGCGUUUGACAGCGUUGUCGCUGAGGCAGAGGUUUACAAGAAGGAGCUUGCAGAUCUGCGUUCUCAGCAGCUGGAGUCGGUGGAUGCAGCCCACAUGGCUUCCCCGCUUGAUGUACGUUCCUACAAGCGGAAUGUUCUCCAAUUAGAGGGCGUCAUUGACUCCCUUCGGCGCGAGCUAAGCGUCAACAAGGAGACGCAGCUGCGCAACCUGCAGCGCCGCGCCGACGAGUUGGCGGCGGAGAACCAGCGCCUGACAGCGGAGUUGGGGAGCCGCCAUCAGCUCAUGCCCACGCCGCAACUCCCGACGACGUCGUCUGGGGCGGAGAACUUGGGUGACCGUGCAGCGCUGGAGCGGGAGUUGCUGGAAAAGAACGGCAUCAUUCUGGACCUUCGCUUCGAGCGUGAGGCGCUGCAGCUCAAGGCUGGGCGUCUGGAGCGUCAUAUUGAGGACAUCCUUCGGGUGGACUCGACCAACACGAAACGCACGGGGACUUUUCAGCAGCGGAGCCGCGUGGAGGCGUUGGAGUCGGUUGUGGAAAACCUAAAGCUUGUGGUGGAGCGUCUUCAGAAGGAGAACAAAGUGCUGAAGACGAAGACAGUGAGUUUGUCAAAGCACAUGGAUCUUGUGCGAGAGCUGCGCGAACUGCGGCUAAGCGAGCAGAAGCUCCGCGAGCAUGCUGAGAUGUUAACCAAGCGUCUCUUGGGCUCCGCGCCCAGCGGAAGCGCCAUGUCCCGACAGCAUGUCACGCUCCAGCGAAGGCUGCAGACAGCCCAGGCCACCAUGGAACAGUAUGAGGCGGAGGUGCUUGAGCUAAAGCAAAGGCUUGAUGAACGCCAAGGUGUGGUGGAAGCUGAGGAGGUGAUGCCGUCGGGGCAGAAGGAGCCGGAGUCGACGCCGGCAUGGGAGGAUCGUCGCAUGGUGCAGCCAGUGCAGGCGUGGUCUUCGGACCUGCCCCCACCUCUGCCCAACCCGCCAGUGACGUUCACUGCGGGACUUCCUUCCGGUCACCACACCUACCCCCGUGCGUAA